AUGGAGGACGGCAACUAUGUCGACGGGAGUUACUUCUUCUACGCCCCAAAUAAGGCGGCGCCCAUAUUCUUCGCUGUAGCGUUUGCUGCCUCUGGUAUACUGCACUUCUGGCAGAGCUACCACUAUAAAUUCUUCAAAGUCACGGCGCUAUUUUCCUUCUGCUGUCUGCUCUUCACGGCGGGCUUCGCCGUCCGCACGUACAGCGCGUGGCAUUAUGAUAACCUCGACACCUUCAUCGCUAGUGUUUGCCUCAUCUACGCGGCUCCACCCCUUCUCGAGCUAGCAAACUACAAUAUUCUCGGCCGCGUGCUCUACUACGUCCCCUAUUGCUCCCCGCUCCACCCGGGCCGCGUCCUCAGCACCUUUGCCUUCUUCUCCAGCAUUGUAGAGGCCCUGAACGGCUGGGGUGCGUCCUACUCCGCCAACCAGUCCCUCACGCAGCGGGAGAUGGAGGCGGGCCACGCGCUCAUCAAGACGAGCCUGCUCCUGCAAAUCUUUGUGAUUGGGUGCUUUGUCGGUCUUGCUGUCGUGUUCCAGCGGCGGUGCGCGCGGGAGGGCGUGGCGUCUGUCCGCGGGGUGAGGGGUCCCAUGGUGACGCUGUACAUGAGCGUCGGGCUGAUACUGGCAAGGACGUUGUUCCGGGUGGUGGAGUACUUCGGAGUCGCGAGGGUGCGGUGGGAUGCUGAGACGGAGGUGGGGGAUAUACCGCCCGCGAUACGGUACGAGUGGUUUUUCUAUGUUUUCGAGGCGAGCCUGAUGUUUGCGAAUGUAGUCAUGUUCAAUCUGCGGCAUCCGAGGCGGUAUUUGCCCGAGAAGUAUACGGUGUACCUCGCGCCGGACGGGGUCACGGAGGUGGAGGGACCGGGUUGGAAGGACCCGAGGCCGCUUUGGGUGACGGUUGUGGACCCGUUCGAUCUGGGUGGGUUGCUACGUGGGAGAGAUCGCGAGAUGGACCGGUUCUGGGAGAGGGAUAAUGGGGAAGCUGGAGGGGACGAGGGGAGGGAGGGAAGGAAGGGAACGGUUGCUGUUUGA